AUGGCCAAGCCAUUGACUUUACAAAGAGGUAUGGCUUUCCUUUCACUUUUCAGACAUAAAAUAGACAUAAACAGAGCCAUUGAACUUUUGGAUAAUCUUUUGAAAUGUCCAUCACUGCAGCCCGCGAAACUUGCUGCUUUGCAGCGCAUAUUGCAGUCAGAUUUCCUAAAUAUGGUCCGUGAAGGGUAUGAACAUAUAUACCAUGUCGUCGACAUGGCCGGCCCUGAAGAGGUUUGUCGACUACUUUGUUUUUAAGACCUCUUCAUCUUUCAUUUGCGUUUUCCUUACCUUUUUAGCUAUAUUCUGUUAGCAAUCCGUUUCCAGCUCCUUCUGACGUUAAGUUGAGUGUGACUAGCUUCCACACGUACUGACUCUUAUCAGUGUCUGUUUGGCACAAUUUAUCCACCAGUCUGCUCUUACAGGAAUAAAAUUUGUCAGGCAAGACCAAAAGAUCCAUCGGGGCAGUGCUUGCACCAUUCUAGUCUGUCAGAAAUGCCAGGGAUUUGGCGGGUAAAUAGAGCAGCGACGUACUGUGCGUCUACUAAAUAAAGUUCUAGUCCAACUUCAUAAUGGCUCUAGGGCGGAUCUGAGGGUUGAGAACUGUAUGCAUCCAGCUGGCCGGAAAGGUCCUCUAGUACUUACCGCCAGUUUACAUGUUGUAGAACUUUAUGUCAAGUUUGCUCUGCUCUGCUUCAUAAAUUCUUAGGGCAUUCCGCGCCUCCUAUGUUAAUUCGCACCCAUCAGUAAGUUCUUUCGCUGACGUCGACUUCCAUAAAAUGCGAUAAAUGGCCUGCACCGUCGUUCUGUGUAGUCUGUAUUGCCAAGAUUGUUAUCGCUGUUAUGUCCGUCAGAUCCCUGUUGACAUCUAUAAGGAGCGUGGACAAACUUUUGUCCUUCUGUCGCCUAUAAAUAUGUACAAAACAGGCUUUCAACGCGGGUGUUUAGGAAAAAGUCCCUUAAGAGCCAUAGCAUCCUUGUACGGGUGAUGUCUGAGAUGUAUUUUGAACCCUCUUGGCACGCACGCAAACGAAGUUCGGGAUGUGCUUUUUGAGAGGGGUUCACAUGGUCGUGCUACAAAGUCUAGGCAGCGACAGUUUUUAAAACUGGGGAUUUGCUAAAGCCAUAACCCCUCAGCAUGUGAGCACGGUUGUCGUCUGUUGAUAUUCUUUUCUCCUACUGUGGAACCGAAUUAGGUGUUUUUGCAUGGCUUUGCUGGGCCGACCAUUCAAAUUACAGAGCAGUUUUGAUCAAAAUGGUGAACAGUCUGCGUGCAUUAUACAAACCGGUGGACAUUUUCACAGUUAUCACUUUUAGGCUGAAAUUUUUUGGUGCCUUAUGUCUUUCUUGACGAAUUAUUUCCUGUUUUAUAUUUGAGGUGCGCGCAAGUGCUACAGCUAAGGCUACUGUAGCGGCCUUUGCUGCCAGUGAGGGCCAUGCCCAUCCACGAAUCGUGGAGCUGCCGAAGACAGACGAAGGUCUGGGCUUCAACGUAAUGGGUGGCAAGGAGCAGAAUUCGCCUAUCUAUAUCAGCCGCAUUAUCCCUGGUGGUGUGGCCCAUCGUCAUGGCGGCCUCAAACGAGGAGAUCAGCUUCUCUCUGUAAACGGGGUAUCCGUGGAAAAUGAACAUCACGAAAAAGCGGUUGAACUACUUAAGUCUGCUCAAGGUGAGUGUUGAUUCUGUCGCAUUUCUGGACAACUAUGCCGGUGGAGAUGAGCGAACGGUUUUGUUUUGUCGGACUCGUCUCCCGGACGGAGUGGUAGAGUGCACAGUUUCUACUGUGAGUGAAUACUGCACCGACACCUUUUUCGCAGUUCGUACGUACAGCGCGUGACCGAUCUCAUGAAAUGUUGGCCAAAAUUCUGGAAUGCGUUUCCGAUUAGGAAGGAUUACUUAAGUGGGGUUAUUAUACUCAUUAUCAUGCAGCAUACCCCUAUAAUAUUUCGGACUCGCCAGGAUGUCGGAUUUUGAAUGCACCUCUUUUUGGCCUCAUGCAGAAAUCACUCGGCAAAAAAUGACUACUUAAGUAGUAUGCAUUUUUCUUAUAGAUUUUCGGUGGUCUUAUAAAUUCAAAUAAAUUUUACAGAAAACACGCACAAAAGUAUGCUUCCUUUUGCUCAUUUGGUAGGAAAUCACAUUGUUUUCAUAUUGUAUGCCCGAAGUGAGUGUGUAUUUAAGUUUUAAAAAAGUUUCUAAUUAUGAUAUUUUUAAGACCGUACGAUGUCCAUGCAUGCAAGACCGCACAUGUCCGUUUGAUAAUGCUCCUCAUGAAAUGUACAACGCAAUCCGGAUCCAUUGCAAAAUUUCGUGAACUCCAUGUGGUAUCUCUUUAAAGGUAUAGAGGAAUAUAUAAUUUUCCUUACGCGGAAGGCGUGCGCUUUGUGGACAGAAAUUGCUGAACGCUGAUGCAAUGGCAGAUCAGGCUGAAAAUUAUUCAGGAAUUGGGAAACUUUUCUAAAACCUAAGCACACACGUUCUGCGGGCAGAAGAAAGCUUACUUUUGUGCAUGGUUUCUGUGAAAUAUGUUUGAAUUUAUAAGACAAUCGAAAAUCAAUAGGAAAAAUGCAUGCUACUUAAGUAGUCAGUUUUUGCCGAGUGGUUUCUACAGGAGGUCAAAAAGAAGUGCAUUCAAAAUCCGGCAUCCUGGCGAGUUCGAAAUGUUAUAGGGUUAUGCUGCAUGAUAAUGAGUAUAAUAAUCCCACUUAAGUAAUCCUUCCCAAUCGGAAACACAUUCCAGAAUCUUGGCCAACAUUUCAUGAGAUCGGUUACGCGCUGUACAUAUCUCGCAAGCCGGCUGUCAUGUCCGACCUUUAUGAAUGCAUGUCAGCGGCGGUGGCUUCUAGUAUUUCGAACGGGACCAUCCUAUCCACCUAUCCCAAACGUAUAAGAAAAGUUCACGAUCUUUGUCACCAUCUGCUAUCAACGAGCUGUCCGAUGUACAACUGGGAGGUUUACUUAGGACGAAUUGGCUCUCCACCAGCGAGACCACGCGUCAUUCUUUAGUAGCCUUUUUGCGGUCGAAUGCUUAGAUAGUUUAUCGUCGCAGUAUCCCUUAAUCUGGUCGUACUAUGCUUGACUGAAGGUCGUUUAUUGAGCUCACCCUUUGUUUGGCUGUUCUUUUGUACUUGUCGACUGAUAUUCGGCUCAGUUUUUGAGCAGACAAACGAAGCGGGGUUCUCUGCUGAAAAAUUUGGGAAACUUACACUUUUAAUCGGAAGUAAUUGUAGGCUAUGCUGGUCUCAUUGUUUUGUCGCUCCUCUUCAGCUAGACGUCAGCACUGCAACCAUAGGGGGGGGGGGGGACAACACGACAUCAUGACUAGAUUUCUCCGUCUUGUUAAGUUGUACAUUUUUCGUCCUUUCAAAAUUUCAAGAUGCCCUUCGCCUGCAGGUCCUCAUAAGUAGUAUCGCUCUUCAUAGGAAGUGCCGCUUCUUGUUUUGGGCAAUCUUGAUAAUUAGGAUAAAAUUCUGCGCAGUGCAGGCGACGAAUUCUUUACGGCAAGACAUGGUAUGUUUGUGAGCUGGCUAGCCCAGUUCAUGUAAUUUGAUACGUUUGGUAUUCCUUGUAGCCGCGUCACCCCGGUUCGUUUUUCCCCCCUCUGUUAGGGCAUAUACCUCGGUUUUAAGUUUCAAUUUUGCACUUUGACUUCCUUAAAGGCACCGUACGACUGGUUGUGCGCUACACGCCUAAGGUGCUGGACGAGAUGGAGGCACGUUUCGACAAGCAGAAGACUCGGAGAAGGCCUCAGCCGUGA